AGAUAUAUGAUGAUAAACCGCAAGCGAGCAAAAGGCGGAAUUGGGUAUCGUCUGCCUUGAACACUCAUAAUAUAUCUAACAAUGGCACAGAUAGCUCUUAUAACGCACCUGAAUUUAAAAUGGCAAGACGCCCAACCCAAAAUGAGGAACAAGCCCUAGCACAACUCCAGGAAAUUUCUACACGGGCGAGCGGCCACAUAAGCAAAGAAAGAACGAAAGAUAAAGAGAAGAGGGUAAUGGAAAGGGAGAGGUUAAGAGGAAGGGAAAAGGAGGAGGGAGGGGGAAAGGAAGAGGGGGUGGGGAAAGAAAGAGAUGAAAAUAGUGAUAGAAAUAGAGAUAGACAAAAAGAUUAUAGGGGAAUGAGUAAGGAGAAAUAUAGAAAGGAAAAAGAAGAGAAGUCUGAGAAAGAGCAAGACAGCGAGGAUAGUGAUGACGAGGAUUAUAGUAACGACGAGGAUAGUGAUGACGAGGAUGAUAGUAACGACGAGGAUAGUGAUGACGAGGAUAGUGAUGACGAGGAUAAUGAUGACGAGGAUGAUAGUAACGACGAGGAUAGUGAUGACGAGGAUGAUAGUAACGACGAGGAUAGUGGUGACGGGGUGAUAGUAACGACGAGGAUGAUAGUAACAGUAACGACGAGGAUAGUGACGACGGAGAUAGUGAUGACGGAGAUGGGACAGAAAAAGUAUGAUGUAAAUGCCAUGUCUGAAACCGUUUAA